AGGGUAGAGUCAGGCAGAGCCUGCACUCCAGCUUAGCAUUCAGUUAGGCACAGACGUCCCUCAGCCCCUCUUCCACUCUCUCCUCGGUUUUCAUUUGGACGUUUUGUUGGUGCAGCCGGACAGCAAUAACCAGCCAUGGAUGCCAUCAAGAAGAAGAUGCAGAUGCUCAAGCUCGACAAGGAGAAUGCCUUGGACAGAGCUGAGCAGGCUGAGUCAGACAAGAAAGCAGCAGAGGACAGAAGCAAACAGUUAGAGGACGAUAUGAGAGAGUUGGAAAAGAAAUUGCGUAUUACUGAAGACGCGAGAGAUAAAGUGUUUGAGGAGUUCCAAACUGCUGAGGAAAAGCUACUGACUGCCGAGGAGGUCGCCACCAAGGCUGAGGGAGAUGUCGCUUCCCUUAACAGACGUAUCCAGCUGGUUGAGGAGGAGUUGGAUCGUGCUCAGGAGCGUCUGGCCACUGCUCUGACCAAGCUGGAGGAGGCUGAGAAGGCUGCUGAUGAGAGCGAGAGAGGCAUGAAGGUUAUUGAGAACAGGGCCAUGAAGGACGAGGAGAAGAUGGAGCUGCAGGAGAUCCAGCUCAAAGAGGCCAAACACAUCGCUGAGGAGGCUGACCGCAAAUACGAGGAGGUUGCCCGUAAACUGGUCAUCAUUGAGGGUGACCUGGAGCGUACAGAGGAGCGCGCUGAGCUGUCAGAAAGCAAAUGCUCUGAGCUUGAGGAAGAGUUGAAAACUGUGACCAACAACCUGAAGUCACUGGAGGCCCAGGCUGAGAAGUACUCACAGAAGGAGGACAAGUACGAGGAGGAGAUCAAGGUCCUCACCGACAAGCUGAAGGAGGCUGAGACUCGUGCUGAGUUCGCUGAGAGAUCAGUAGCCAAGCUUGAGAAGACCAUUGAUGACUUGGAAGAGAAACUGUCGCACGCUAAAGAAGAGAACCUCGAUAUGCACCAGAUGCUGGACCAGACUCUAAUCGAACUGAAUAAUAUGUGAAAGCACGGUCUGACCCCAACACACACUGUGGUUUUGGCUUUUUGUACUUGCACCUUGCUUCCCAUAAACCCCCUCUUCUCGUACCUUGCCAAUGGUGGAGAACAAACUGCCAGAUGCUACUCUUAUUGCACCGUCCUGCCUUCAGCGGAACUCGACCAAGGAGCAAAGCUAAGGGGAAAUAAAUUAACCGUUCCCUUUGAUGAAGCCCAAACUGAGAAACACCAUUGUUUUCGCAAAACCAGUUUUAAUGUCUGCCUUUUGCAAUCCUUGAGUUAGAUUUUUUUUUUUCUUCUUGUUUCGGACAAGUCAUCUGGUGAAUUGAUGUGUGCCAUUGGUUACAAAUAUUGCUCUCUACAUCUGCAUUAAAGCUGAUCUGGUACGCGCCAUUCCACCUGAUUAUGCACAUACCAAAGGACAAAGUGGAGAAAUUUUGCACUCAGUACGACCUCAACAUUAUGCAUAUUACAAACUUAAAAAAAUAAAUAAAUAAAACACCACAAGUGUAAGUAUACAUUAGCCGUGCCUCUUCGUAUGUAUACUGGUGCUACUGUAUUGUUAAGCAGGGACAGAAGAUGCUAACACAUUACAGUAUGUUCUGUCGUAAUUUUCGUCAAAACCUCGGUUCAGAAUUUGUUCAUCUUGUCUUUAUAGUCGUAUCUCAGUCAUCAGGUUGUGCAUUGUUUUAGCAUUGUUUUAAUGUAGAUGUUUCAAGGGUUUGUCAUUAUUUGAAAUGUACGAAUUAUGAAUAUAAAUAAAAGCACAUUUUGAAAGUUU